CCUCUUUUGGAGCUUCCAGUCACUGCACUCGCCUCUUUUCCCAUUAUAGUCUGUUCCUGUCAGCUGUGUGGAAUGUGCAGCGCACAUUGUGCAGACCCGCUUUAGAGAAUCCAGCCUGCAGACAGCACAGAAAAUACUCCUUCUUUCUUCUUCAGAUUUCCACCAGCUGCCCCUCAUACGCAAUGUCCUCAAGGACCAGUCCAUCAGGAUCAGACUCCAUCAGAAGGACCAGAGCCCAUCAGAAGGACAAGUCUACAGAUUCAAUCUGCUGGUGAACCCUGCAGCAGAAUGUCCUCCACCCCUGAUCUACCAUCCACCAUCUUCACGCUGCUCGCCGCCCCCACCCCAACUCCAGGGACAGUGGAGGCCAAUGUGACCUCCUGCCAGGACUGGGAGCAGUCCCACCACCUCCUCUUCCAUCUGGGGAACAUGUCCCUGCUGCUGGGCUUGCUCAUCCCCACCACUCUGGGUCUGCACAUGAUCCUUCUGCGCCUCCUCCUGAUGACAGGAUGCAGUCUUUUCAUCGCCUGGGCAACUCUGUACCGGUGCAACCUGGACGUGAUGGUGUGGAACGUGGUCUUCCUGGUGGUCAACUUUAUGCACUUGUUCUUCCUUUUGUACAAGCGUAGGCCGAUUAAGAUCGACAGGGAGCUGCGCUCUGUCUACAAGCGGAUGUUUGAGCCUCUCCAUGUGCAGGAAGCAUUGUUUCAGCGGCUAACAGGACAGUUUUGCACCAUCCAGACUCUGAAGAAAGACCAGGCCUAUGCUGCUGAGGACAAGACGUCUGUGGAUGAACGCCUCAGCAUUCUCCUCAAAGGAAAGAUGAAGGUUUCCUACAGAGGUCACUUCCUCCACAACAUCUACACCAACUCAUUCAUUGACUCUCCGGAGUUCAGGUCCACUCAGAUGCACAGAGGAGAGAAGUUCCAGGUGAGCAUUGUGGCUGAGGAGAACUGUAAGUUCUUGUGUUGGUCUCGUGAGAGGCUCACUUACUUUCUGGAAUCAGACACUUUCCUCAAUGAGGUGUUCAGGUACCUCAUCGGUAAAGACAUCACCAAUAAGCUGUACUCUCUGAACGACCCCACGCUCAGCGACAAGGCGGUAAAGAAGAUGGACCGUCAGCCCAGUCUGUGCUCCCAGCUGUCCAUGAUGCAGAUGAGGAAUAGCAUGGCCAGCACCAGCGACACGGAUGACGUCCUGAACCAGAUCCUACGAGGAGGUUCUGCUGGAUCUUCUCUCCAAAAAUCACCCGACACCAAAUCAUCCACUAAAAUGAAGCCUAUAGAGGAAGGGAUGGAGGAUGAUGUGUUUGAGGAAUCUGCUAUGUCUCAACCACUUCCCAACACUUCCAGCGAGGAGGUGCAGCCGCCUAGUAAAGAAUAACAAGAACACUUUGUUUUUGUGUAUUUUUUAUCUGGAUACAUCACUGAAACGUUAACACAGCCUUUAAACAGGCCAGAGAACACUAUAAGUAAUUUAGAAAGGAAAACAGGUUUUGUUUCUUUGAAAACACGUUUUUCCUAUUUUAUUUGAUAAGUUUUUUUAGGUCAUGAUUCUUUAUCAGAAUUAUGAAUUUUUAUUCAUUUUAUUAAAAACAACUAUAUAUAUGUUAUAUUACUUUAAGGAUCACUGUUUUCAUCACUGAACUUUUGCAAGUGUACUCAUUUUACUAAUCUGUGUUUUUUCAAAACCAGCUCAGUUUGUGUGUUCAAUAAA